GAUUCCGAUUCCCAUUCCCAUUCCACGUCAGAGAUCGUUGGCAUGCGGCAGUUGUUGACUGCGUGGAACUUGUGUGCUCUUGUUUUCCUCUCCCUCGCUUUCUUCCUCUAUUCUCAUUCGCACCCUUCUCCCUCUUCCAUGGCUCAAGAAUCUUCCAAAUCCAUCUACGAUUUCACUGUCAAGGACAUCAAUGGUAACGAUGUGAAUUUGAAUCAAUACACUGGCAAGGUUCUGCUCAUUGUCAACGUUGCCUCCCAGUGUGGUUUGACACAAACAAAUUACAAGGAACUCAAUGUACUCUACAAGAAGUACAAGGAUCAAGGGCUUGAAAUCUUGGCAUUUCCAUGCAAUCAGUUUGCUGGACAGGAACCAGGAAAUAAGGAAGAAAUCCGGGAGGUUGUAUGCACAAAGUUCAAAGCUGAAUUUCCUAUCUUUGAUAAGGUUGAAGUCAAUGGGAAGAAUGCAGCACCACUUUAUAAAUAUUUGAAGGAUCAGAAAGGGGGAAUAUUUGGAGAUGGCAUCAAGUGGAACUUCACAAAGUUCUUGGUAAGCAAAGAUGGUAAGGUCGUUGAAAGAUAUGCUCCAACCACCUCACCUCUCAAAAUUGAGAAAGACAUCCAGAACCUCUUACAGGCUUCUUGAGUUGCAUGAUUUGACUGUCUCAGAGGUCACAGGAAAUGUCUACAGCGCUUUCAAAGAAUCAGCAGCUUCUCAGUGGAUGUAGUGCUUCAUUGCCUAAUUAUUAUCAUUUUGUAACACAUAUCCUUUGCCUGGAUUAUAAAAUAAGUAUAGUUUGGCACUAUGAUCAUGUCGCCAAAACAAUGUAAUUUGGAUGCAUGUUUAUGUUAAUGUGUAUGAUCCAUAGAUUUAAUCUGUUGCCACCGCUGUUGUGGUGUUGUUACCAA